AUUUGGUCUUGGCACGUGGCAGGUUCAGCGGCGCAAGUGGAAAUUAGAUUUGAUUGCACAACUGGCAUCAAGAAUCACAGCAGAUCCCAUCCCUCUGACAUUAGAGUAUGAAAGCAGGGAUGGUUUGUUGUCUACAGAGCACUGACUGGAAAUAUUAGAUAUGGACCGUGCACUAAUGAACUUGUGCUGAACUGACCUGCGUGAAAAUGAAGGGAUACAAUGGAAAUUGGGAUGUGCCAGCAAAUUAGAAAGAGAUCCUGAUAAUUUUUUUAUUUUUAGUAAAAGAAUAAGUCAGUUCUUCCUUUAGGAUACUCUAAAUGCAUGGGGAAGGAUGAAUCUCUGUUCAGGAGAAUGAGGGGUGUAUUUCAUAGCAUUUUUAAUCCCACUGGAAAAAGAGGACUUGGGUGUCUGUGGUGUCCCAAAGAAAUUGUUACUGCAACAGGGAGUCUUGGAGCAACAGCAGGCCCUGCCCCACGUGCAGCAGUUGUGUCAGGUGUGAGAGAGAUUUUUGAGGUCUCUUGGUCACCUGGCACAACUCUCAGAAGGGCUCAGUUGUUGGAAUUCAUGGUCUGGGAUGGGAAAGAAACACUUCCCAUGGCUGGAUGCAUGGGCAUUGAGUCCGCCUGCUCUGUCUUACUGGGUUGCAGCCCCAUGGAACUGAAGGAGUUGGAGUACAGACCUGUGAAGGUCCGAGGGCAUUUUGACCACUCCAAGGAGCUGUACAUCCUGCCCCGUUCCCUGCUGAACCCGGAGCGGGAAGCCCGGGAAGCCGGGAGGAUCACAUCCCAUCCGGAGAACGGAGCCAACGUCGUCACCCCCUUCUACUGCACAGAGCUCGGGGUCACGAUUUUAGUCAACCGAGGAUUUGUGCCCAGGGAGAAACUGAAACCGGAGACCAGACUGAAGGGACAGAUUGAAGAUGAGAUUGAUCUCACAGGGGUGGUGAGGUUAACAGAAAAAAGGAAACCCUUUGUGCCUGAAAAUAACAUUGAAAAAAAUCGCUGGCACUACCGGGACCUGGAGGCCAUGGCCAAGGUGACCGGUGCUGAGCCCAUCUUCAUUGAUGCAGAUUUCAGAAGCACAGUCCCAGGGGGGCCCAUUGGGGGCCAGACCAGGGUGAGCCUGCGGAACGAGCACAUGCAGUACAUCCUUACCUGGUACAGCUUGUGUGCUGCAACUUCCUUCUUGUGGUACAAGAAAUUUAUACAGAAGGCACCUCUGUGAGGGGAAGGAAGAAACCUUUUUGUGCUACUGUCAGGAGCAGAUUUUUAUGGAUGACAGGAGCCUGAUCAGUCCUAAAUAACUGAAGCACCUGGAGGACCAGAGCCAUUUUAGCAAGCUGCAAAUAGACUUUAAGCAAUCCCUGCAAACUGAGCUCCCACCAGUGUGAUUUGGCUGCAGCUUGGGAGCACUGAACUUCAAUAGUAACCAAAAUACAUUUUUCUACCAUGGUUGUUUGUAAGGUACAUUUUAAUAUCUCCACUGUUUUCCUUAAGACAAACCAUUUUUUUUAAAUGAGCCUAUUUGCUGAUUUUUAUUUGCAGGAAGUAGUCCUUCCUGAAGGCAGCAAUGGCUGGCAGCAGUUCUAGUACAAUAAAGGCCUACAGGUCUUUGCCUUGUGA